AUGGAGGCGGGUGAAUCCAGCAAAAACCCAGGGAAAGAUGUCGUGACUGAGUUGUCUAAAACCAGUUUCGAGUUAGAUGCUCAGAAAUACCAGUCUUCUGGGGUGGAGGAGGAUUCCUCAGAUGUUUUAUCCUCAGAUUCUGCGGAGUUUGCAGAUCCUAGGAAAGAAGAUUUUUCAGAUUUUAAAGUAGUGUUGUCUAGGAGCCAUCGUAGCGGGUUCAAAAAAUGGCUCAAGGUAAAUAAGCCCAUUUUCGGAGGUCUUAUAGAGACGCAUGUCAAACAGCCGAAAAAUCAAAAGUUCAUAAAUGAGUUACUACCCGGCUGGUUUUUUGAGGAUAACUAUGGUUUUUCAGAUUUGGGUAAAAUAUGGGUGUUAUGGCACCCAAGUGUAAAAGUGGUGGUGCUAGCAAAGUCGCUGCAGAUGAUUACAUGUGAAGUGCUAUUACCAGAUGCUCAUCAGUGGAUAGUGGUUUCUGUUGUUUACGCUGCAAAUGAGGUUGAUACAAGGGUACACCUUUGGGAGGAUUUAAAACAACUGUCAGCUUCCCCGAUUAUCGGUAAUAGAGCGUGGUUGGUAUUGGGAGAUUUUAACCAAACCCUCCACCCCACAGACCAUUUCGAUCCUGUCACUCUGAAUGUGGAUAGAAGGACAAGAGAUUUCAGGGAAUGUUUACUGGAUGCUGAACUGUCAGACUUACGGUACCAAGGAAGCAAAUUUACUUGGUGGAACAAAAGCAAGACUAGACCGGUGGCAAAAAAGCUAGAUAGGGUCUUGGCGAAUGAGAGCUGGAGUUUAUGUUUCCCCUCUUCUUAUGAUGUGUUUGGAGCUCCUGAUUUUUCGGACCAUGCUGUGUGCGGAGUUAUUCCUUCAUCCACAGGAGAGAAAAUUAAAAGACCUUUCAAGUUUUUUAAUUUCUUCCUCCAAAAUACAGAUUUCAUUCAGGAAAUAGGAAUGCACUGGCUCUCUCUAAAUGUUACUGGCUCGGCUAUGUAUAGAGUCUCAAAGAAGCUUAAGAUCCUGAAAAAGAAAUUGGAGGCACAGAGAAAAUGGAGUAUUCUAGCUAAAGCUGAAGAAUCAUUCUUAUGUCAAAGGUCUAGAGUGACAUGGAUGAGAGAAGGGGAUGGAAACAUGGCGUAUUUUCACAGGAUGGUAGAGAAGAAAACCCUGCAAUGUUUGUGCAGAGCGAUUUGGAGCUCCUUCUGCCCUAUAAAUGCUCACAAGAUCAGAUCUCUAAUUUGGAGAAACCUUUUUCAAACCAAGAGAUCAAAGCAGCUUUUCUCUCGCUCCCUAGAAAUAAGACAAGUGGCCCAAACGGCUAUUCUGCGGAAUUUUUUUGUGGGAUGCUGGAACUAUAUUGGAGCUGAGGUUACUGAGGCGGUUGCUGAAUUCUUUCAAUCAGGCCGCCUGCUAGAGCAAGGGAACGCCACCUCUUUAAUCCUUAUCCCAAAGAUCACUAAUGCAACUCAGCCUUCGGAUUUUAGGCCAAUCUCUUGUCUCAAUACUGUGUACAAGGUGAUAGCCAAACUCCUUGCGACCAGACUCCAAAGUUUGCUUGUCCAUGUCAUAUCCUCCUCCCAAUCUGCUUUCCUCCUUGGGAGGUUGCUAGCUGAGAAUGUUCUGUUAGCCACUGAAAUUGUACACGUCUACAACAAAAGCAACAUUGACCCUAGCGCUAUGUUAAAAGUGGAUCUCCGGAAAGCUUUUGAUUCGGUUAGAUGGGAUUUCAUCCUCUCCGUGAUGAAGGCAAUCGCUAGUCCUGAUAAAUUCAUAAACUGGAUCCAUCAAUGCAUUGCCACCCCUUCCUUCUCUGUCUCAGUGAAUGGCGCCUCAGGGGGUUUCUUCAAGAGUUCUAAAGGACUCAGACAGGGAGAUCCGCUAUCCCCCUAUUUAUUUGUCCUUGCAAUGGAGGUUUUUUCCAAACUGCUGCAAUCCCGGUUUGAUGCAGGGUAUAUCCAUUAUCACCCGCAAACCUCUGAUCUCUCCUUAUCGCACCUCAUGUUCGCAAAUGACAUUAUGAUAUUUUUUGACGGAGGAAGUUCUUCACUCCACGGAGUAGUUGAGGCUCUUGAUGAUUUCACGUCGUGGUCUGGUCUGAAGGUAAACAGAGACAAAUCCCACCUUUUCCUAGCAGGUGUCGUUCAGUAUGAGAAGGAUACAAUGCUGAGAUACGACUUCCCUAUUGGUACCCUCCCCAUUAGAUAUUUAGGCCUGCCUUUAAUGCAUAGAAAGCUGAAAAUAUCUGAGUAUGCGCCUCUGCUAGAUAAAAUCUCUGCAAGAUUCAGAUCUUGGGCUGUUAAGUCUCUCUCUCAUGCGGGUCGAGUUCAGUUGAUCUCUUCAGUCAUAAAUGGAACGGUAAAUUUUUGGAUUUCCACUUUUUUAUUGCCUAAAGGUUGCCUUAAGAGGAUUGAAGCUUCUGCUCUCGUUUCUUGUGGUCUGGUAACAUCGAUAUUCGCAAAACCGCCAAGGUCUCGUGGGAAGGUUUGUGUCUGCCUAAGGAUGAAGGUGGUGUGGGUCUUAGGCGUUUCUCAGAAUGGAACAAAGCCCUAUGUCUGA